AUGCCUCUCUCCCUCGUGCUCAGUACUGCUCUUCUGGCAGCUGUGACUGCCGUGCAGGCUGUCCCCGCUUCUAGUUUGAAAGCGAGACAGUCGAUUACUACCCUCUCCCCCAGCCAAAUCGACAGUUACACUCCGUUUACCCGAUAUGCCAGCGCGGGUUACUGCACUGCAGCUCAGACUCUUGCCUGGGACUGCGGCACGAACUGCGAGGCGAACCCCUCGUUUGAACCUGUUGCAUCUGGAGGAACCGGCGACAGCAUCCAAUACUGGUUCGUGGGAUACGACCCAACUCUAGAAACCGUUGUUGUGUCGCAUCAGGGAACUGAUCCCGACGAGAUCAUGCCACUCGUGACGGAUGGGGACUUCUUCUUGACGAAUCUAGAUUCCUCACUUUUCCCGGGCCUUAGCUACGAUAUUGAAGUCCACAACGGAUUUGCGGUCGCACAGGCGGACACUGCGGUGGACGUGCUAGCUUCCGUCCAGAGUGCGAUGUCGACAUAUGGCGCUAGCCAUGUCACGCUUGUCGGACACUCCCUCGGUGCCGCAAUCUCGCUCCUGGAUGCCGUGUAUCUGCCUCUCCACAUAUCAAACGCGACUUUCACAUUCGUUGGAUACGGCCUGCCACGGGUCGGUAAUCAAGCCUUCGCAAACUACGUUGACGCACAGCCCACGUCCGUGACGCACAUCAACAACGAAGAAGACCCGAUCCCCAUCUGCCCCGGCAUGUUCCUCGGCUAUAUUCAUCCUUCGGGGGAAGUGCACAUCGAAGACACUGGAGAUUGGGCAGCGUGCCCGGGGCAGGACAACCCUAGUACACAAUGCAUUGUGGGAGACGUCCCGAAUGUUUUUGACGGCGAUGAGUCGGAUCACGAUGGCCCGUACAAUGGGGUAGUGAUGGGUUGUUGA